CGGCGGCGCUGCCGAGCCCACAACAUCCGAGCCGCGGUCCCCCCGCCUGUGACUCUGCGAGAAGCCACCGCGCGACCAGCGCCGAGCGCACCCGGAGCCGCGCCCGAACCGUAGCCAUGUUUCACCCCGCCGAGCGCGCCCAGGACUGGGCCAUGGAGGGCCCCCGGGACGGGCUCAAGAAGGAGCGGCCGCUGGACGACCGCCACGACAGCGGCCUGGACUCCAUGAAGGACGAGGAGUACGAGCAGAUGGUGAAGGAGCUGCGCGAGAUCCGCCUGGAGCCGCAGGAAGCGCCGCGCAGCCCCGAGCCCUGGAAGCAGCAGCUCACGGAGGACGGAGACUCGUUCUUGCACUUGGCCAUCAUCCAUGAAGAGAAGGCGCUGACGAUGGAAGUGGUCCGCCAAGUGAAGGGAGACCUGGCCUUCCUUAACUUCCAGAACAACCUGCAGCAGACUCCGCUCCACUUGGCUGUGAUCACCAACCAGCCAGAAAUCGCCCAGGCACUUCUGGAAGCUGGCUGUGAUCCUGAGCUGCGAGACUUUCGAGGAAAUACCCCCCUACACCUUGCCUGUGAGCAGGGCAGCCUGGCCAGUGUGGGAGUCCUGACUCAGAGCUGUGGGACCCAGCACCUCCAGGCCAUCCUGCAGGCCACCAACUACAAUGGCCACACAUGUCUGCACUUAGCCUCCAUCCAUGGCUACCUGGGCAUCGUGGAGCGUUUGGUGUCCUUGGGCGCUGAUGUCAAUGCCCAGGAGCCCUGUAAUGGCCGGACGGCCCUUCAUCUUGCGGUGGACCUGCAGAAUCCCGACCUGGUGUCUCUCCUGCUGAAGUGUGGGGCUGACGUCAACAGAGUCACCUACCAGGGCCACUCCCCGUACCAGCUCACCUGGGGCCGCCCAAGCACCCGGAUACAGCAGCAGCUGGGCCAGCUGACCCUAGAAAACCUUCAGAUGCUGCCAGAGAGUGAGGAUGAGGAGAGCUAUGACACAGAGUCGGAGUUCACAGAGGACGAGCUGCCCUACGAUGACUGUGUGCUUGGAGGCCAGCGCCUGACGUUAUGAGCUUCACAAAGCAUCUGAAAGAACAUGGACUUGUAUAUUUGUACAAAAACAGAGUUUUAUUUUUCUAAAAAAAAAAAAAAAAGAAAGAAAAAAAGAAAUCAAAA